CCUGCGUGGGCGGGGACAGUGGGGCUAUAAAUGACCACAGUAUCCAGUAAAGGUGUGUUCUCGCCCACAAACUGGAACUCAUGAGUAAGAUCAACCUGUGACUGGAACACAGAACAAACUACAUCACCGUCUACACACCUACAGCCCGCUGUUGCAUCUCAAUCAUUGGAAAUGGAAAGCAUGCAGGAGUUGAUCCCCUUCGCCAAAGAGAUGCUGAGUCAGAAACCCAGCCGUGGUUUGCUGAAGGUCUACCUGGUGGGUUCGGUGUUUGCCGUGUUGGGGACGGUCAUUGGCUUUGUUGAGACCGUGUGUCACCCUUUCUCCUCUGGUGAACCCAUGGACGCUGAGAUGGAUUUCGCGUUGGUCCGGGCACAGAGAACUGUUGAGGCUGAGAUACAACGCGAUGUGGGCCAGGAGGAGGAGGAGGAGCUGGCUCAUGAACAUGGGGCCACUAUACAGAGCAUGAACCUCCACAAGACCCAUAGACUCAGCCAACGGAGCAUGGCCAACCGGCUGCACGCUUCCUAAAGCCAAAAGGGGUCAGCCCCCGAGUGACUUGAGAUAUUUAUUAGUGAACUGCUCCUGCCACACCACUGAAUUGUGCAACACGUACAUAAUCAAAAGCUUUAUAGACAGAAGUGUGAGCUGCCUGCCAUUCUGUGCUGCUUAUUAACGAUGUGUCAAAGUAUGCCUUUAUGCGUUGGACACACAUGAAAGAUCCCGAAGGCCCCAGUGGCAGCCUACAUGGAAGAGCUGAGACUUUUUGACAGGCCCACCUACCAUCCUGAGGUCGUGGAAAUCAUGUCAGUAAUGCAGUAUGCGGUAUAAAGGAAGUGUACAUUAACUCAGUUAAACCAAUGGUUUUGUGGUUCCUCAGGGAUCCUCCGAUUGGAUCCCCUGGGUCCCCAGCAAACGUAGGAAUUUUUGCUGCUGGAACAAAAAGUUUGGUUUCUGAAAGGAAAAGGAGAACAGCAGACGGACAAAAGUGCUUUCUACAAGGUCCAUUUUGUUCAUAUUUUACGAUCAAAAGUUAGGAUUUGAGGAGAUUGAAGGCGGUUAUGAUGACAGCAGGGUGUUGAGAGUCUGCCUGCCUGGCUGCGGUAAACUGCCAUGUAGCACCACCUGUUGUCUGGUGGAUGCAUCUGAUCCAACCAAUCCACCCACUUACUGUGUUCAAUGAGAGGACUGUUUGUUGUAAUGAUGCUAUGUGUAAAUACUGUAAAUAAUACAAUCUUUUUCAUACCAAUAAAGUUCAUUUUAUUUAUAACUUU